UCAGCUGCUCUGUGGACUGUCUUUCGAUCAUCAUGCGUGAAAUUGUACAUCUGCAAAUUGGACAAUGUGGCAACCAGAUCGGCUCAAAGUUCUGGGAAGUAAUCAGUGAAGAACAUGGGAUCAAUGCAACUGGUAUCUAUGAAGGAGACAGCAACCUCCAACUGGAGAGGGUCAACGUCUACUUUAAUGAGGCGCAUGGUGGUAAAUUUGUCCCAAGAGCACUGCUUGUGGACUUGGAGCCUGGCACUAUGGACAGUGUCAGAGGAAGUCGCAUUGGUGCUCUCUUUAGACCAGACAACUUCAUCCAUGGGAGCUCAGGAGCUGGAAACAACUGGGCAAAGGGCCACUACACCGAGGGAGCGGAGUUAGUGGAGCAGGUGAUGGACCGGGUGAGGAACGAGAGUGAAAGCUGCGAUUGCCUCCAAGGCUUUCAGCUGGUUCACUCGCUGGGGGGUGGCACAGGCUCCGGCAUGGGUACCCUACUCAUCAAUAAGAUCAGAGAGGACUACCCAGAUCGGAUCAUGACUACCUUUAGCAUCAUGCCUUCUCCUAAAGUCUCUGACACAGUGGUGGAGCCUUAUAAUGCCACGCUCUCCGUACAUCAGCUCCUGGAGAACACAGAUGAGACUUUUUGCAUUGACAACGAGGCUCUCUAUGACAUCUGUUUCCGUACCCUGAAAUUGACCACACCAACUUACGGGGAUCUCAACCACUUGGUCUCUAUGACCAUGAGUGGGGUCACGACCUCUCUUAGGUUUCCAGGACAACUUAAUGCUGACCUUAGGAAGCUGGCUGUCAACAUGGUGCCUUUCCCCCGUCUCCACUUCUUCAUGCCAGGCUUUGCCCCUCUGACACCAAGGGGUAGCCAGCAAUACAGAGCUCUCACUGUGCCUGAACUUACCCAGCAGAUGUUUGAUGCCCGAAACAUGAUGACGGCAUGCGACCCACGGCGGGGGCGCUACCUAACAGUGGCUGGUGUCUUCCGGGGCAGGAUGUCCACCAAAGAGGUGGAUGAGCAGAUGCUUGCAAUACAGCAGAAAAACAGUGCCUACUUUGUCGAAUGGAUCCCCCAUAAUGUAAAGGUGGCUGUGUGCGAUAUCCCUCCUCGAGGUCUAAAAAUGGCUUCCACAUUCAUCGGUAACAACACAGCCAUUCAGGAGAUAUUCCGCCGAGUGGGAGAGCAGUUCUCCCUGAUGUUUAGACGGAAGGCAUUCCUCCACUGGUACACAGGAGAGGGUAUGGAUGAGAUGGAGUUCACAGAGGCAGAGAGUAACCUUAAUGACCUGGUGUCAGAGUACCAGCAGUACCAAGAUGCAACUGCUGAUUUAGAUUGGGAACUAGAAGAUGAAGAAGAGGAAGGACCCUCAUCUGCAGGGACCACAAAGUUUCAGUCUCAGACUGAAACCAAACUGGAAACAGUGAUUGAAACCAUUAAAGAAACUGUAGAUGAGUAGUGUGGGUGACAAAUACAGCUUCACAACUAAGGACUCUUUGGGGUAAAGAAUUAAGACCUUGUACAGUAGCUAAUUUCUUUGUAAACUAAUUUUUCAUAUUUGUAGGUUAAGCUGUUUAAUACUUUGGUUUGCUGAUGAAGAUUCUCAGUCAUCCAGGUCAGGUCAUCCCAAAAUAGGUUAAAAAAGUAAAAAAUAAAAAAUAAAAAAAAAACACUGGACUUUGUUUUCCAAGUUUGAAGACAUUUCGCUUCCCAUCCAGAAAGUUUUCUCUAUUCAAAAUGUCUGGAUUAGCGUUGAGUUCAGAGUUUAAUAGAAUAGCCCAACAAAAGCCUUGUUAUGGCUUAGAAAACAUGCAAAUUGAGCCGAAAUACUUUGGUUUCCUUAAUGAGAUUAAAGCAAGGCUGUAUAGAGGGCAGUGUUUUAGGACUUUUUUUUUAGCUUUUGCAUAACUUUUCAGCUCAUAGAAAUAAAUACAUUCUAUGCCAAGAAGAUGCCGCAGGGUAGACCCAGGACUAAUGAGACAGAUUUACCCACCAAACACUUUGGAAGGCCUCAGAUUGUAUGUAGAAAUUUACUUUAGGGAGAAAAGUCUUGACAUCACUGCUCUCCAGAAGGCAAAUUCUGGUAGGCCUAUUGGAAAUUUUCAUUGGAAGGAUGAAUGACAGAGGGGGAGUAUACAUUAGCUGCAUUUAUUUAAUACUUAGUACGUUUGUAAUUUGAAUUUAUGUUAACCUUUUGCUUUUUGUUCUCUGCCGACCCUUUGAUUGUCUUUAAUCAAAGUAAAAGAGUUUAAAAAGAUGAUUAAUGCCUUUUCUUCACCAAAUUCAGCUAGGAUGAAUUCAUAUCCAUCCAGUCUAGACUCAAUGUGCACAUGCACAUCAUGCUUCUCUUAUAAAACCCAUGCAAAAUUAUAUUUGAAACAUAAACACCUCAUUGAAAGUGAAAGAUACCACACCCACAGACAUGGCUCGCAUAACUGACCCUCAGAAACUCGAAUAUGCAAUUUCUAAUUAUUAUAAUGUUGAAGGUAUAGUAUAAUCUAUUGGGAACUUUAUUCUGGGAGAUCUGAGCCAUGAAAUAGUAAAAAAUCAUGUCAGAAGAGUGUGUUAGCUGUAAUCCAGACAAUUUAUCCAUGGUGAAAUAAAACAAUAACCAAUGUAAAACAUGACAUAACAGUUGGUCCAUUCACUCUUUGUGGAGUGAGAGUUGUGACAUCUAGAUUAACGUCAGUGAAGGUGCACAUAAGGUUAGAGUUUAUAGUAAACAGCCACUCCAUAGGGACAGUGUAGGUCAGAGCAGUAAAAGAAAAUAUUUAAUCCAGCCAGGUUUGUAUGAAUGUCCUUGUGUUCCUGUUAACAUUGUAAGAUGAAACCUGUGGCUCACUGCUUAAAAGCUGUCAGCUUGAUAUGUGUUUUUGUGCAGACUAAUUAAUUUAGCUUUAUUUUUUCCAUUCCAUGGGUGUAUUAUAUGUUAAUGCAUUUAUAAGAAAGAAAUCAGAUAAAAGAAAAAAUUGGUAUUAUUAUUCUUUUUUCUUUUUAUUGUUGUUAUUAUUAUUAUUGAUAUUAUCAAAAAAAAGCUGUUUAGGUUA